UCUCAUCGCUUGUGUGUCGCACAACCCAGCGGACGGGCGGCAGAGCAGACAGACGGGCGGAGCGAAACGAUGCAGCUGUCGGCUCACCGAUGAAGAGGGUGAUCAGCUUCGUCAAGGGGGGUGGAAAGGGCCGCGGGGGUGCCUCCGACGUGGUGCCCGUCCGCAACCUGAGCUUCGAGGGCGGCCUGGACGACCCACCGGGCUAUGAGGUGGACACCAAGACGCUGUCCAAGCUGCAUAGGGCUGCCUGGCUGGGCCAGCUGGACAAGCUCAAGGGGCGCGCCGAGCAGCUGGACGCACCGGACAAGGGCGGCCGGUCCGCCCUGCACCUGGCGGCCGCGCAGGGACACGCCGAUGUCGUCUGGUUCCUCAUCAGCAAUCGAGCGAAGAUAAAUUUACGUGACAAUGAGGGGCGCACAGCCCUACUGAAAGCUGUUGAAUGUCGGCGCCGCGAGUGCGCACAGCUGCUACUGGAACGAGGCGCCGACGUCAACAUUCCGGACAACUACGGCACCACGUGUCUGCACCUGGCCACCUCGCACGGCGACCUGGACCUGGCGUCGGCCCUGCUGCGCAAGAGCGCCUCCUUGGAGGUGCCAAACCGGGCCGGGGAGGCAGCGAUGCACAUGGCUGUGCGCGGCAACCACCGUGACAUGGCUGACCUUUUGCUGAGGCACGGUGGCGACGCCAACGUGCGUGACACCGAGGAACGCACGCCGCUGAUGCUUGCCGCGAAAAUCGGCAACUCAGCCAUAGUGGUGCUGCUGGCCGAGUAUGGUGCCGACAUCGGCGCCACUGACGUCAACGGCUGGACAGCCGAGGACUACUCGGUGAUGGCCGGACACGUGGGGGUCACAACCGAGCUGCAGCGCCGCGCCGAGUCGACGCCCGCCAGACCCUUUCAAGAGAGGCCCGUUGACGUCGUUGGCGAGAAUACGAGCAAGUUUCUGCAGGAGCUCGAGAGCAUGCAGCAUUACGAUUGUGUGCCUUUUGAGCCGGAAGACGAGCAGCAAGACGCUCCACUCCAGCCCGAAAACGAAUCCCCAGCUCACAACAUCCCAGGCAUGCCUCCGUCUUUGAAGCCGCCGCGGAGCUGGGAGCUCAUCCAAGCCGGCCUGACAGGUCCGGUCACCAGUCUGAGGCCGCAGUCGCUGAGCCUUGCCAACUCUCCUUGGGACACCCCGGUGGGCACCCCGGGUGAUGCUCCAAACGGAUUCCUGUCGCUAACGCGGCCCAAGUGUGACAAGAAGAAGCCGAGACCAACCAGUCUCCCCGUCACCCUAGUGGAGGCACUCGAGAAGGCGCUCCCGGUGAAGAAAGAGGAGGAAAAGCAGCCCGAGGAGAAGGAGGCGGAGAGCAGCGACUGGGACAGCGAGGACGAGUUCGAGGAGGAUGAUGGCAAGGGCACGGACGACGGCGCCACCCUGGGCAGGGAGGGCACCAUGCAGGGCACGGAGGAGAUGUGGCAGGCCAACGGCACCGUCGAGAAGAGCAGCGACGAGGACGAGGACGACGAGGAGGACGAAGACGAAGAUGACGUGGCGAGCAACAACCAGGUGCAGGAUGAGGAGGAAAAGGUGCCGUUGGUGGAGACAGAGCAGCGAGAGGAAAAGUCUGAAGGGCCGUCUGAGGCGGAGGAGGGCGAGGAGGUGCAGAGGCAGGCCAAGAAGAAGGAGGGCAGAGCCAUCCUGCCCGAGUUCCCCACGCCCAUGAAGGUUCCCAACGUGCAGUUUAGCGCCAGGGAAAUCAGCUUGGACGAGCCGGCGCCGGCGGUGCCUCCGCGCAAGAAGAAGAAGCAACGCAAGCACCGCGGCGCCAGCGAUGAUGACGAUGGCGGCGGCGACGACGGCUUCACCAAGAGCGCGUACGCGCCACUCAAGCGUCGUCUGCGGGCCGUGGUGGCGGACAGGGCGCGCGUCGAGCAGGUGGCAGCCGCCCUCGAGGAGCAGAACCGGCGACUGCAGUACGAGCUGGCCGACGCCUUGCACGCCGCCCGCACGCAGCGCGACGUGUCCGCCGAGCUGUCCAGACAGAUGGCCAAGGCCCAGAAGGGUCACGCGCUUGCACUCGAAGAGAAACUCGAGCUGCAAAUCAGGCUGCGACAGGCGGACGCCGAGCUCGAGUACGUCAGGCAGAUGGAGCAGCCGCCCAAGGAGCUGACCCGCGAGCUGACGGCCGAGAAGGAGCGGGCCAGGCGCGGAGUGCUCACCAUCAGGAAGCUGCGGGCCGAGGUCGGCGCCCUCAGGGCCAGGGUGCUCGCGGCCGAGCGACGCAACGCCAACAAAGAGCCCGACUCCGGGCUGCGCAAGAAGCUCGAGGAGCUCAUCGUCAAGGUGGAAGACGAGAGGGCCCAGCGGAUGGCACUCGAGGCAACCAUCAGGGAGUUGAAGGAGGGUGGCGUCGUCCUCACCGAGCUCGAGAAGGCAAGGAGGGCGUUUGAGGAGGAAAGGGCGAAACGACAAGCCAUCGAGCGAGACUCGGUUACAAAGGCAGAGCUGGAUAAGGUACGUCGAAGUUACGAGGUCGCACUAGCUCGAGCAAAACAGGAAGCUGAGCUGUCCGCUCGGGAGCAGCUUUCAACGAAAUUGCGCCGCGUCAACGCGUUCCUGGAGGAGCAGCUGCAGCAGCAGUCACGUCUGGAAAAGCUUCGCUGUAACAAUGAGUCGCAGCUAAGGGACGAUUUCCAGCAGACCCGGGGCAAGCUGCUGAACGAGCUGGCCAAAAUCCAAGCCACCCUCAAGUCGCGCGCGGAAAGUCAGUUGGAAAACGAGAUGGACAACAAAAAACGAACGCCCAGCCCCGUCUCCUCUAACGAAGAAAGCCCUAGAGAGACGACAAACUACACCAAAGGAUAUGUGCCAACUUUGCCUCUGAGGCCGGCAGCGCAAGUUUUGUCUCUGCUCGUGCCGCCAUUGGCCUCGCAAAACCCGCAUUUAGGGCUGAACGUGCUGAGGAAAGAGCUGGAGAUAAGCAUACGUCAAGCCGCAGAGGAGGCAGACCGCGCGAAUCCAAUCAUGAGUGAGGCGGAAGAAAUGUCUCAGCUGAAGCAAAAAUACUUGCUUUGAAUGAAGCUCACACUACUUUUAAUGGUUUCGGAUCAAUUUCUUGCAUUUUAAUAUUCGCAGCUGCGUAUGAAAUUCUUCCUUGUUGCGCAAAUGUUAACUAUUCUAGUCCGUUUUAGAUGAUUAUACCCAUGUAACUAUAUGUACUCGCUGAGAUUUUAAUCAUUCCCAUUUUGAAUAUUGUUGACGCCAACUUCCAUUAUAAAUUGCCAAAAUGAGAGAUGUAAAAGAAAUAUGACUGUGUAUUAAUAAAAGUAUUCUGUAUGAUUAUCACAUA